AUGUUAUCGUCUCACAGAAAUGCGAUUAAGUUAUUUAAAACUUUGGUAAGUUACAUAACGCCGAUGAGAAUGCCCGUGAGACAUUACGAAAUUCCAAAGCACCUGCAGGAAGUGGGGUGCGAGCCCAACCCUGACUUCUUCAGGAUGGUGGAGUACUUCUACCACAACGCAGUGAAAGUUUGCGAGCCUUCGCUAGUCAAAUACCUGGCCAAGCACACACACUUGUCUGAAAAGAAGAGACAGCAAAGAGUGAGCGGCAUCCUUGCAGUGAUGGGCUCAUGCAACAGCUGCCUUCAGAUGGAAUUUCCGUUGCAGCGUAAGAAUGGCAGUUACGAUAUUAUACAGGCCUACCGUGUCCAACACAGUGUCCAUCGUCUGCCGUGCAAAGGAGGAAUCAGAUUCUCUGACGAGGUGAACUUGGAUGAGGUAAAGGCUCUCGCGUCCUUGAUGACUUUCAAGUGCGCAUGCUCAAACAUUCCAUUCGGAGGCUCCAAAGGAGGUGUGAGCAUCAACCCGAGAAAGUUUACGGUGGCAGAACUCCAACGUGUCACAAGGCGUUACACAUUGGAACUUGCUAAAAAGAACUACAUAGGUGCCGGCAUCGACGUGCCUGCUCCUGAUUAUAAUACUUCCGGCAGGGAAAUGUCUUGGGUAGUAGACACAUACAUCAAAACUUUAGGUUACUCGGAUUUGAACGCGGCCGCGUGUGUGACUGGCAAGCCAAUUAAUGGUGGAGGCAUCCACGGACGUGUGGAAGCCACCGGACGCGGAGUGUACAUGACCAUCAACUACUUCAUCCACAAUGAACACUUCAUGAAACUGAUCGGAGUGCAACCCGGAUUUAAGGGCAAAACAGCGAUCAUCCAAGGUUUCGGCAACGUGGGCAGUUGGGCAGCUGUAUACCUGUAUAAGAGUGGAGUAAAGAUCAUUGGCGUCUGUGAACAUACCGCCAAUCUGACGUCCACUGAGGGCAUCAACCCUAUAGAUUUGAUGAAAUACAUGAGAGGGAACAAGAGAAGCGCUAAAGGGUAUUCAGUAGGAGGUGCCAAGGAGACAGGACCUGAACUUUUGUAUCAGAAAUGUGACAUUCUUGUGGUUGCUGCGAAGGAGAAAACUGUCACAGCUGAAAAUGCACCUAAAAUUCAAACGAAGAUCAUGGCUGAAGGUGCGAACGGGCCGACAGUGCCGUCAGCCGCGGACGUGCUGCACCAGAAGAAGGUGCUGGUGAUACCGGACUUACUGUGUAACGCCGGCGGUGUCACGGUCUCCUACUUUGAAUUCCUCAAGAACCUUAACCACGUUAGUUUCGGCAAGCUAAGCAUAAAGUUCUGGAGAGACUCAAACACGGCGCUUCUAGAUUCGGUUGAGAAAUCUCUAAAGUCAGCCAGCGUAAAUGCAAAAGUGGCUCCGACGCCAGCAUUCGCAUCAAUGAUGUCUGGCGCUAGCGAGCAACACAUCGUGGGCACUGGCCUCGAGUACUCUAUGACUAAAGCUUGCGCGAACGUGGCGGCUGCAGCUAAAUCCUACAACCUUGGCAUAGACUUACGAACCGCGGCGUACAUUACGUCAAUAGAGAAGAUUUUCGCGACAUACGAUGAGCACGGCUUAGCUUUUUAA